GGUCGUUCAAAGGAGAGUGGAAUACGCAAGCCACUGCCCGGGAACGAUGCGGUUGUGCAGAUGGAGGGGCAAAGCUCGAUGCUGCAGCCGUGGGAUCUGCCGGAUUGGACCAUUACGAGGUAUGAGAUCGACCGCGAGAUCAAGAUCGGCGUCGGAUACUUUAGUGAUGUGUACAAGGGGACUUGGAAGGGGCGCGCGGUAGCGAUCAAGGUCCUCGCGCCAACGACGCCACGCAAGCUCUUUGUGCGUGAGGCGGGCAUCUGGCGCGGGCUGCGACAUCGGAAUGUGCUUCAGCUGUUUGGCGCGAGUAGCGCUGUCGAGGGUGGGAUGUGGUUCCUGGUUUCUCCAUACCUGCCAAAUGGCACUCUUGUCGAAUACUUGAAGCGCGUGGAGUCGAGGAUUGCGGCCGGCUUGGAGGGACCCGGCUCACCAAGGUUAGGAGGGCAAGGAUCACCACGCCUGGGCGCUACCUCUCCUCGCCGUUCAACGGCUGGACAUGCAAAGCUAGCCACAUUGCCAGGGGCCCCGAUCAUGGAAGCGGGAACAGCUCGCGCUGGCGGUUUUGCGCUUCCCUCUCUGGAUGACCCAGCGUCCGCUCACCAGCGCACGAUGAGCCUCGAUCGUCACUCGCCCAUGCGUCCACCGGGGCCCGCUAGACAAGACAGCCUGAGCGUAGGGCUGUUGCGUGCUUCGCUGGAGGCGCAGAGCCCUUCGAGGACGCCUUCAAGCUCGUCCAGUGCAUCAACGACACCUACGGGGGAACCUGCGUCAUCUAUGCCUGGGGCCACGCCUCCUACAGAAGGGGACGAGGACCCUGCAGACGUGCUCCGCUACCUUCUUGAGAUCGCGCGAGGAAUGGAGUACCUGCAUUCGAAGGGGGUGCUUCAUGGUGACUUGAAGGCCGCCAACGUACUUGUCGACGACAACCACCAUGCGGUUAUCUCUGACUUUGGUCAGAGCGAGAUGCGAAGCGAGGUGUAUCGCAUCAGCGGACUCGGCGGGCAUGGACACGGCACACUGCGAUGGCAAGCGCCCGAGCUACUAUCGGGGGCGACGGAACGUAUCACGACAGAGACGGACGUGUAUGCGUUUGCCAUCACCGCUGUCGAGGUACUUGGCUUCGGAAGGCUACCUUGGGGGCAACUGGACGAUGAAGCAGUGCGAUGGGCAGUUCUGACGAACGAUGCCCGCCCGCAGGUGCCGGGUAUAUCAGCGCAUGGCACACCAACAGCGAGCAGUACGCCGACGUCUGGUCAUGCUAGCCCAGCCAGUCCAGCCAGCAUCAUCCAUGCGAUUAUACCGAGCCAUACGACUCCGGUGCUCUCGGCCCUUCUUCGAGCGUGCUGGGCGCGCGACCCCUUCAAACGGCCUAUGUUCAGCCAAGUUGUUCGUGACGUGAAGCGGCUACGGAAGCAAGCGGGCUGGAUUGAGCGGAACGAGGAGAAGGGGUCCGAGCAGCCGCUGGACGCUCCCAUCAACGAGGAGAUGAUGGCGUCAAUGCCGAGUCCGGACUUGAAGCCUAUGCCACUGCCUGGCGGGAUGUCGCCUAGGACGGAGACCGUGCCCUUGGGCGCCGUCAAUGUACCUCGCCCAGCGGCGGAUGCGCCUGAUUUGGCUAAGACACCCCCGGGAAAUGCGGUCGGAGUGCCUCCUGGGCAGGCAGCCACUUUGUGGGGAACACCUCCUACUGGGCGCAUUGGCGCUGUUGCUCCGGCUCCGGCUGGCGGGUCAGGACUGUCCAAAGGGCAUGCUGUCGCGCCAUCUCAGUCCGACUCGACGUCGUAUGCCACAGCGCCGGAGGGCAGGAACUCGUCCGGAGGGGGCUCGUCACAACCUGCCGUGUCUGAGUCGCCUGAGGGUGGGUACUACUUCCACAUGGAGGAGUCCGUAUCCAUGUCGUCUUCGUCAUCGACGAGCGACGAAGGGUUGCUGCGCGAGGCUGGCGUGAUUGGGGGACCGCCGAUGCACAUGCCGGAGCCGGUGUUGUACACCUCGAGUAGUCGUGCGUCGAGUCUAUUUAUGCACGACGAAGAGGGCGGAGGCGGGAUGGGGAUGUCGGACAGCGUCCUUGGUCCGAUGGUGGCUGGUUUGGAGCAGCGUGAGCCUGCAGGCGGGGCGGAUUAUGCUGGUUACGAAUCCCCGCCGCCUGCCACAGAAAUGUUGGCCGAGAUCAAGAAUGAGCGACGGUAUAGGCUAUUGCUCAACCACGAGUAUCAUCCGUCGCUGAACCUUCCGCUGUGGACACCUACACCCGUAGAGGUUGGCGCCGUCGGAUACCUCUCCAAGCCUGCGGGACGCUUCGUAACGCUGUUCAACGCAUUCGCGCCUGAUCAUGCCGAAGAGGAGAGUAUACGUGGGCUCCCGAGCGUGAGCGGCUACGGUACAUGGCGCGUUGGCGUACAGCAGGUCGAAAAGCGCGGCAUCGCGCAGAGAGGACUGGACGCUAUCGUUGGGUUCUUGACCUACAAAAGUCGUGGCGGUGGUGCAAGCUCCGAGAGCAUUUCCCGCCGCUACUCCUACCCUCUUCGUUCAGGACACAAGGUGGCAUACCUGUGCACUGAGACGGCGACAUAUCGGUAUCUCUACUCGGCCGACGCAGCAAGGCGCUGGUUCGUCAACAAUGUCGACGCCGUCGUGCGUGCAUACGGUCGGGACCAUCAUAUCGGGAAAGAGGACUUGUUCUUCGUGGUCGGUACGCUCGACGCUCCAGACCACGCUCUGUUCGUGAGCCACGUUCAUCCGGAUGGGCAGGCGCAUUUCAACGUAUACGCCUCGCCAGUACAAGGCCAGCCGUGGGGCAGGUUCACGAUGGAUACUGCCCCAGAUGUCGCGGGCCCGAGCUACGACUCGGACGACCCGCAGAAGAGCGUCACGGCGAGCAAGGUAUCGGGGAGCGGUGACCCUCCACGGACGGUGCUGUUAGCUCGACUGCGAUUCAAGCCUGAUGAGAAGGAACCGACGACAAAGUUGUAAUCUUGCAUCCUGGACGCAGCACUUAUGGACAUUUGCACACGGAAUCGCACACCACAUUGGAUAGCACGGACUGCAAGUAAUUUAUGUACAAGACACGCAUGGUGGAAUAGCAUUGGACCUGUAAUUGUGUGCAUGCGAUCGAUACGAAGGGCUAGAACUCGUAAAAUAGAUGUUCGAGGUCUGUAGGGGAGCCUUCAAGAAGUAGAUGGAUUGACUGACAUGCAUAUUACUACAGUUGUUGUUCAGACUUGCGUCGCGACAGUACCUAAGCAUUGAAAGACUUGCGGUGGGACCG